CCAUCACCAUCAUUAACCCCCUCUGACCACGGCGUGUGUUUGUCUGUUACAGAGUUAGAGAGAGUACAGAGUGGCCGUCGCAGUGAGGACAAGAGGGCCGUGGAAGUGACCAAGGAGAAGUCCAUUAAGGUGACCGUCAAAGUCCUCGUGCCUGUCAGAGAGCAUCUGAAGUUUAACUUCGUCGGGAAGCUCUUAGGCCCCAAAGGUAACUCCCUCAAGAGACUACAGGAGGAGACGAUGACGAAGAUGGCUAUCCUAGGUAAAGGUUCCUUCAGGGAUAAAGCCAAGGAGGAGGAACUACGUAAGAAUCCUGACCCUAAGUACGGUCACCUUCAGGAGGAUCUACAUGUUGAGGUCACCGCCCACGCCCCUCCUGCCGAAGCUUACGCCCGCAUAGCCUACGCCUUGACGGAGAUACGCCGUUAUUUGGUGCCUGACCACAACGACGAGAUCCGACAGGAGCAGAUGAGAGAGAUGCAGGUGCUGAACGGCCGGACGGGACUACCUGGAGGAGGCGGUGAAGGGCUGGACGGUCACACAGACUCUACGGGCUCUCUCUCGCCGCCCAACUCACUCUCCCCACCGCCGCCUGCCCCGUCAAGCUGCCAUCCGCCGCCGCCGCCGCCCACCAGCCGCCCAUCACGCUGCUGCCGCCACCCCCGUAGCCCCUACUCUCCUCACCCACCCAGCUAUGAGGGGACUAACUAGGGCACAGAUGGGACUGUUGAAUACAGUGCCCGGUAUGGCAGCUCCUGCAAUGCCCGGUGCCAUGUUGGGUCGUUUCCCCACACUGCUGCCACUAGGAUCGGUGGCACCCCUUGGCCCACGCAGGUAUGUGUCUUAAAUUACCUUCCCC